AUGGGUAAAAAGCAGCAUCAAAAGGAUAAAUUAUAUCUAACCACCACCGAAUGGAAAGAAUCGUUUGGAGGACAUAAAGAUGACACCGGCACGAAAAAACAGCGAGCUGAUUUCAAACGACUUCCGAUCAAUCAUUGUUCACUUUCUUUUCUCCCUUUCGAAGAUCCAGUUUGCGGUCCCGAUGGAGCUAUUUUUGACAUUGCAAACAUUGUGCCCUAUAUCAAAAAACUUGGAAUCAGUCCUGUGACUGGAAAGAAACUUGCUAUUAAAGACUUGGUUCAUUUGAAAUUCGAUAAGGAUACUGAAGGAAACUUCCGAUGUCCUGUUACUUUCCGCACAUUUGCCCUGAACACUCACAUUGUGGCAAUUCGCCCGACUGGUAACGUCUAUUCGUACGAUGCCAUACAAGAAUUAAACUUGAAGCCGAAUCAUCUAAAGGAUCUUCUCACAGAUGAGCCAUUUUUGAGGGCAGAUAUUAUCACAAUCCAGGAUCCCAACAACCCGGAGAAAUUCAAUUUGGAACAAUUUCAUCAUGUGAAACUUGACCAUAGAACAAAGGAACAAAUAGAGACCGAAAAGAAAGAAAUGGCAAAGCCUGAAUUCACGAUUCGACGAAUGAACAACGAAACUCGUGAAGCCUUAAAUCAACUGAAGAAGGAUUAUGUACCAAAAAAGUUUGACACGCCAGUUGAAGAAACAGCAGAUGCUAUCAAUGCGGCCCCUUGGAGUCAAGGACAAGUAUCCGCUGGUUUCACUAGCACUUCAGUUGCACCUGUCACCCACAAUAAAGCAGCGGUUUUGAGUGAUGAGACAGUCAAAUAUCAGCGAGUGAAGAAAAAUGGAUAUGUUCGAAUCGUUAGCAAUCAUGGAGCCAUUAACUUGGAACUGUUUUGUCCAAAGGCACCAAAGGCUUGCGAGAACUUUAUCAAUCUAUGUCGCAGAGGCUACUACAACAAUACACGCUUUCACCGUUUGAUUAAAAACUUUAUGAUACAAGGUGGUGAUCCAACUGGCACGGGUCAUGGUGGUGAAUCGAUGUGGGCUAAACAGUUUGAGGAUGAAUUUUAUCCGGGUCUUUCACAUAGUGCACGUGGGAUUCUUAGUAUGGCAAAUAAAGGAAGCAAUACCAAUCAGUCGCAAUUCUUUAUCACAUUUCGUCCGUGUAAAUAUCUUGAUGGAAAGCAUUCGAUAUUUGGGAAAGUUGUUGGUGGUACCGAUACAUUAAAUACAAUUGAAAAGAUAGCAACAGAAGAUGGUACUGAUCGACCACUCGAAGAUGUAAUAUUUAUGCGAGCGGAGGUUUUUGUCGAUCCAUUUGAAGAAGCUGAACAAGAAGUAAUUAAAGAAAGAGAAGCCUUGGAAAAGGGAAAACCUGGAGACAAAAAUGACGCGAUCAAGAAGGAGGUCAUUAAACCAAAGGCCUAUGGAACCGGAAUUGGAAAAUAUAUUAAGCCUGAAGUUAAGCGAGCUGCUACGGAUGCUUCAACUUCAAGUGAUGCUUCGAACCCAAAAAAGAAGAAAGGCAUACGAACAAAUUUAAUGCUCAGCAGAAAUGCAGCCGACCUACUAAAAGAAGAGGGGACAAUGGUUGGCGUGUGUUGUGGAGUUCCAGAAAUAGAUCGAAUACUUGGGGAUUUUCAUCGAGGAUUGCCGUGCGGUGCUAUAACGGAGUUCGUCGGUCAUGCAGGAGCCGGAAAAACUCAACUUUGUCAUCAGCUCGUUUCGAAUCUUUUGCGCCACGGAUCUCGGGCUUUUUUCAUCGACACGGAAGGAUCUUUCAGCACAAAGAGGCUCUUACAGAUGCUGGGUGGAGAAAAUAAAGUGCGCUUAUUGAAGAACGUUUUAUACGAACGAUGUGUUGAUCACGAGAAGUUACUGUCCGUUCUCCGAUCGCUGGUGAAUCAGCUGGAUCAAAAAGUGCUUGAUAGUUCAAAUUUGCAACUCGUUAUUGUGGAUAGUGUUGCACAUGUUGCGAAAGGACUCGAUUCAGAUUCUUAUCGG